CAGUGAUCUUCUUUACCCUUUUUUGUUGACAAAGCGUCUCAGAUAUAUCCUGAUAUAGAUCAAGUUUUUUGUCCACAAGCCCGUCGACAAGGUCAUGGGAGUUAUCUUCGUGAACGGAUGGCACAAAGUUGACUCAAAAGUACGCUUGUGUCAGAUCUAUAUAUUCUAGACCCCGCACGAGAAAAGUGGCAUCAUUCAGCUCAUUGCAUCUAUCAAAUCUCUCAUCCCCUUCUCUACUUCUCUUCCAUCUUUCAAAAGCCACCAACCUCUACUAUGCAAGAGUAUACUUCAAGCAGAAUUCCAAUGUUGCUGGUCGACAUUGCAGUGGGUUGUUUCGUCGCAUUGCUAGUCAUGCUACUUUCCGCUAUCAUAUUCAUCAUAAUCCCCUUCCGCAAAUUCUACGGUCUGCCAAAACCACGACUGGACUUCGAUGAAUCCAAGAAUCUAUUGCCCAUCGAGGAGAAGAGACGAGAUGAACCGGCCUUCUCGACGUUGGCACUAUUCCGCUCUUCAGACCUGUCCCUGGACAAGGCAAAAGAACAAUACGAUGCUAAUCCAGUGACUUACGCUCGUGAGCUCUGGAGAAUCAGUAUACAGCUCCAACGAGUCCUGCUGGAUAAGAACGAGAAAGGUUUAAGCUGCCUCUUACAGAAACAGAGUCAUGACGCCAAACGACGAAACCGCGCCAGUGAAGGCGCUACCGGUCUUUGGAUAAGGAUCUCCCUUUUCGAAAGUCUGGAAUGGGCAAUUGCUGAUUUUAGGAUUAAGAGAUGUGAGAAAGCCAUGGCAGUGGCGAAUCGAAAAGCGAGCGCUGGUGCAUCGACAACUAACACCAAUCGUCUCGCUGUAUCAAUGGAUGGCGAUGUUGAACUAGGAACAAUACCACCGACCACCACGAACACACCUGUCCGUAUUGAUUGGAUCUCAGAAUACCAAACCUUUGCCCUUAACGUGAACCUCUUCUGUGACACCGUUAGCGUUCACGCAAUCGACCACCUCAGCCCAGCAUGGGACACUCUGACGGACCUCUACAACUCAGCCGCGAAACGGAGACCAGAUAUAUCCCUCGUGAAAGAAAACCAGGAACUGCGAGGACAAGUACAAAGUUCGAAAAGAGCCAUCGCCGCGCUGCAGAUCCGUCGAGCUAUCGACAAGCUUACGUUUGAGUUACCAAAAACUGCACAUUAUAGCUACGGAGUCCCAAAGAAGAUUCCAAAGAAAGUUGCUGCAGGCUAUGUCCCUGCGGAUGACGGAGCAGGUCGCGUAACUCAACGAUGGGGAAAGCUUUGGGGAGAUAUCUGGGAUGCUGCCGAGACGGAUGAAAAGAGUUUGUUCUAUAAGUCGAGACAAGAUGCGAAAGGGCAGCACGAGAAGCAGAAUCUGAAAAAGAAGGGAGAGGAGCUUUUUAGCGAUAUGAGUGCAGAGAUCCAUGGGUAUAACAAGAGGGAUCAAGAUUACGCACAAUUUGAUCCGGCAACCAACGCAAUUGCGAAGAUACUUCUGAAAUCACUGGUUGUGGACGAGGAUAGUGGGGAGGUGGAUUGGAAGGAAACCAUUAGGAAGUAUCCUGUAGUGGGAAGGGAAAAGCGAGAGGAUGGAAGCAGCUUGUGAGUAUGCCCUUGUAAGAAAGGAUUUAGAUAUUUUGCCCUCGCAAUCAACAAAGGUUCUAUAGAGCAAGGC